UCCUCUGAGAGUCAUCCCUGUUUCUGUCUCAAGUCUCCAAAUGCUCGACACAAGCAGAGGAUGUGGAGGCCCGGUUCGUGUUAACAGCACACGUUAAUAUGAGGACAAAGAGAUAAAGACAACGACCUGUUAGAGUCCCAGUUAAGUUAAAAGAAAGUGGAGUGAUGAUGUUUGCUGUUGACUGAAGUCCACUCCAAGAAUCAAAAUGAAGAGGAGGCUGCUUCGUGGUUUCCUGUCCGAAGUUUCCAUCCGGAUGGCUCUGUUGAUUGUGUUCCUUGUGACGGAGCAGCUUCCUCCUUUCUACCGUGAGAUCCAACCAGAGGAGAUGUGGUUGUAUAAAUUCCAUCGUGUGGAGAGAGACCACGUGCCCACCUCUCUUAUGUUUAGUGUGGCAGUUUUCACCCCACUGAUUGUAAUCCUGGUCUUCGCCUUCUUGAAGAAGUCAGAGCGAGGAGAUGUGAAGGAGGCCUCGCUGGCUGUGAGUUUGACUCUGGUGCUGAACGGAGUUUUCACCAACGUCAUCAAACUUGUCGUUGGCAGGCCACGGCCAGACUUCUUCUAUCGCUGUUUCCCAGACGGUCAGAUGAACCUGGAGUUGCGCUGCAGCGGUGACCCAGAUGUUGUCAUGGAGGGCAGGAAGAGCUUUCCCAGCGGACACUCUUCCUUCGCCUUUGCAGGAUUGGGUUUCACGGCGCUGUACGUCGGAGGAAAGCUGCGCUGCUUCAAUGCAGCAGGCCGAGGCAGAGCAUGGCGGCUGUGUGCCUUCCUCAUCCCUUUACUCAUCGCAGCAGUGAUUGCCCUCUCCAGAACCUGCGACUACAAACACCACUGGCAAGAUGUAUUAGUGGGUUCUCUGCUGGGUCUCGCCUUCGCCUGGUUGUGUUACAGACAGCACUACCCUCCACUUCAGGACCCCGACUGCCACAGACCUCUGCGUCACAGAGAGACUGUUCCCGCCGCACAGGAGCGCAAGCUGGCCAACUCCAACUACAUCCUGCCCCUGUAGAACAGCUGUAACUGGAUCGUACUCUUUACUGGUGUCACUUAUUCUGGGUUACAUGGUAAUCCUUCUCAUUCUGUUUUCACACCCUAGGGCUGGGCAGUAUACCAAUAUUUAUAGUUAGUCGUCAAUCGUAACGGUUUUGUAGGAGUUUUCUUUUUGUAUGGUGAAACAUGACACGUGGUUUAUUUUCCAAGCUAAAAUGACAAAUGUCACAUUUCUUCUGAAUGGUUUCUGAAACACUUGAGAGUUGCUGUAAAAUAACAACUCCGGUUAAACGUGGUGGACUUUUCUGAACUUAAACAGACAUUAUCACAUACAACAUUCAUCAGUAUCAGAGGGUCUGGUGAAUAUAUUUAUUAUUCUCCGUCCAUAUGGCCCAGCCCUGCACACCCUGUGUAUUGUGCCUAUAGACCACAUGACUUUAAAUACUCCCAACAGCUGAGCAGGUCAACUACACAAGCACUGCACUAAUAGUCCACUGCCCAUUGAUCACUAGCUCAGCUGCUGAGAAACACUUUCUCUCAUGUAUGGUCACGAUUAUGUGAUUGUUUUUAAACUUGCAGCUUUUUCAACAAGCACGGUCGAGACUAUACAGUUUGUAUACAGUAUAUACAGUAUCUAUACAGUAUAGCAGCUUGCUGCCGAAACAAUGGUGGUUAAAUCAGUUAGUGAAUUAAUUGACAACACUUUUGAUAAUUGAUUAGGCUUUAAUGUCAUUCAUCAGCCAAUAAUGUCAAACAUUUGGUGGUUGCAGCUUCACAACUGUGAAGAUUUGAAGACUUUUUUUAACACUGUAAAUUGAAUAUAUAAGGAUUGGACUCUUGGUAAGACAAAACAAGUGAAAAGUCAAUUAAAUCUGGUUCAGGUGUGAUCACAAGACCUAAAUGUGAGACAAGAACCCAGGACAGGAGGCUGAAUGAACACCAUAAACACACAAACUCAGCUGACUGUGAAAGUCGUCAACUAGAAGUCCGAGGAUGUCCUUAAACCAACACCAGAGUUAAAAUCUCUCCACUGUACGCAACCACUUGAUAUCACAUGCUCAAAAGUUUAAAUUUAGAUUACGUGAUGCCACUUGAUGUCAUCUCCACUCACUGAAGAAGACUAAGAUCAGGUUGAGAGUUCCAAAUAAUUAGUAAGUAGACCUUUGAGCUUAGAUUAUCUGCACCAUAAAGUAUUUAAUCCGACAGGGAAACUGGUGAAAAAAUAGGUUUUCAUAUCUUAACGUAAGGGUGGGCGAUGUGGUUAAAAUCAACACAAAAUCUAUUGUGUAUAAUUUAUAUACAUUGAUAUCAUGUCAUAUUUAAUUGAGCUUCUGGAAAAUCAAUCCAGUUUAUGGAUAAAAUAAUCACAUAGGAAUGUCCAUUAUUAAUAUUAGAGAUAUUAGAUAUUAGACAUUUUCUUAUCGUCAACAAAUUCUAUGAAGAGUCCAAAACUAAUAAUUUUUCCCAUCACUCUCUACUUUCUGUCUGUGUCUGUUUAUUCACGCUGAAGACUAAAAAACUUUAACAAUCAGUAUUUCCCAAAAGCAGCCAGGCACUGUAGUUUUUAGCUAAUGUUACUCAACGUGUUGUUGGGGGACUAUUUUCAGUCGUGGAUUAAUACACAUUUAGUGCCUAAGUUGUUUUGGGGGGAAAAUGGAGAUCUAUGGCACAAAGAAAUACGAUCUACACAGACAAAAUCUGUUAGAGGGAUCAAUUCAUUGUUGGUUUUGAUGUUUUCAUUAGAUUUGUUGACAAUAACAAGAAAGCAAAGCAUAAGUAUGUUUAAUUUAAAAGGAUAGCUACCACGUUAUUAACUGUUUAGUAAAAUCUUUGUCUCAUGGUUCAUAUCAACAUACGGACAACUUCUAUCUGAAAGCACCUCUUUGGUUUCCUUCAAGUGUAAAACCACUUCUCUGUUUGAUCUACACGGUUCUGCUCUACUGCCUCUGUCUCGAGUGCUUUAAAUCUCUCUGUCUUCCUAUAUUAUAUUUUGAAUGUUUCCAUUCACAGAUUGCUUGAAUAAUAUAUUCUGGAAAAGGGUUCAUAUGCCCAAUCUUCAGUAUAACGCCUCGAUGUAGCAGUUCCACACAUCUCCUCUCAUAGUUGUUUGCUCCACAGCACAUCUGCUAACAUCACAAGUUAAUGUGACUGUAAAAGUGAGAUAAAUGUUUUCCUACAUCAGUGGUCUCAGGCUUACUGUAGGUCUGGUUUUUGUUACUGCACACUCUGCUGGCUCCUCUGCCGACCCGUCUAAAGUGUGAACGUUCACCAGAGAGGUGGAAGGAGGAGAGACGUGGUGUACAGGGGGUUGGUUGUGGGAGUGACAGAUCAGACUGUAACCUCUCCAGAUGAUGGUGCUAACCUCCCAGUGCUCCUGCUGGUCAGGUUUUCUAUCCUGUUAAUAGUUUUAUUGGCACGCAAAGUUUGUUGGAAACGUUUGUUUUUGGGGUUUUUUUCUGGUAGUUUUCAUCGACUUUCAUUUAAGACUGUGAACGCUACCUUCUGUGGUCCGGUUAUGAUUUUUAUUUGUUUCCUUUUUUUUUCCUGUUUUAUCUUUUUGUUAAUGUUUGUAAGGUUGGUUUUCAAUUGGAAAGAACGUCAACUAUUAUGUGGAUGUGACUGUUGUUUGCAAGUUGAAAACACUAAAAACAACCAAACUUUUUAUGUUUUUGUUUGUGUGUGAAACCAGCCAAAGGUUUGCAGGGUCAAAGCACUUUUGCGCUGUGAGUCGAGCUUAAAGCAGGUGGAUCACAGUGGUUUCAGACCAAACUCGGUAGAAAAAAACAGAUGAAUUUGUGCCUUUGUUUACUAUAUUACUUUAAUACUCUUUAAUUAAUGAAUGAAGUAUAUACUGCAUGUAACAGUGUAUGCUCUCUGUCAUGUCGUUUACACAACUUUGUUUUUUUUAUUGUUUUACAGUGUAUAGGUUUCAGGUGAGAAGAUACUACAUGAUGUUUAAACGUGGCAUGCUGCCUUUCUUUACCUCUGUUGCUGAUGGAGUCAAAUGUGAAGAUUUCUAGGUGGAAACAUGUUAAAUUUACAACUGAAAGAGUAGCCAACUUUACUUUUUACAAACCUUUGAGAGAAUUCUUAAUGUACUCAAUCUUACAGGUAUUUAUGAGAUGAUGUACAGGUCUAAGUGUAUUUACUUUUGGGGCAUGUAGGACUUUACUUGAAUUUUGAAUAUUUGUUUGUUUACCUUAAAUGUGAUUAAUGUUAUGUCAUUAAAAUAGGAAUCAUAUUUGUGGGCACAUGGGCUUCUGGGGGAUAAAAAAAAAUGAAUGGGA